AUGUCUAUCCCUACGAUUACUCGCGAAUAUCGCCUCCCGAAGACAGACGGCUUCCACAACCUCACGUUGACCGAGUCGCCCAUCCCCCAGCUCAAGGCGACGGAGGUACUCGUGAAGGUCCAUGCCGUUUCGCUCAACUACCGCGACCUAGUGGUUGCCAAGGGCACGUACCCGCUCGAGCUGAAGCAGAACGUCGUUCCAUGCUCAGACCUCGCGGGCGAGAUCGUCGCGCUCGGCGUCGACGUCGCGGGUUGGCGUGUUGGCGACCGCGUCUGUUCAGCAGCGUCGAUGGACUAUGCGUUUGGCGAUGUCACGAAGGAGGCCGUGGCCGCGACUCUCGGCGGGGUCAUUGAUGGGACCUUGACCGAAUACAAGGUGCUGCCCGCGCACGUACUCGUGCAUAUCCCAGAACACCUUAGUUAUGAGGAAGCGUCUACCCUCCCAUGCGCGGCGAUCACUGCCUACAACGCGCUUCACGGCCCAACCCCACUGAAAGGCGGCGACACCGUGCUCAUCCAGGGUACCGGUGGCGUAUCUAUCUUCGGCCUGCAGCUCGCGGUCGCGUCGGGCGCGACCGUCAUUGCCACGUCUUCGUCUGACGAGAAGCUGAAGCUCGCAAAAUCGCUCGGCGCGGCGCAUACCAUUAACUACAAGAAGACGCCGAACUGGGCUGAGGAGGUGCUGAAGAUUACCAACGGCCGGGGAGUCGACCAUAUUCUCGAAGUCGGCGGACCGGGCACGAUUAUCCAGUCCGUGAAUGCCAUCCGAUUUGGCGGUACGAUCGGUCUUAUUGGUUUUGUAGCCGGGGGAGGCGACGCGAGUGCGCUGCCGCUCCUUAUCCUCACAAGAGGCGCCAUUGUCCGCGCGGUCCUCGCCGGUGGCUCGCACGACCAGUUUACGAAGUUGAACCGGCUGAUCACCGCGGUGAAGCUGAAGCCCGUAGUGAACAGGGUGUUCGCGUUCGAGGAUGUGCACAAGGCCUUUGAGUACCAGGAGAGUCAGCAGCACGUCGGCAAGGUAGUCAUCAAGGUAUCGAAGGAGUAG